GUCCCAUAAGUCUGCAGUUCAGUGUGAUGUCAGCAGCGGACCCCACCACGUAACGUAACGUGUCACCCAUUAUUCCCCUGGUGUUUUUAGACAGCCUGAGCAAUAAUGUCAGUGAAGCAUGCCAAGCCUAACUUCAGCCAGUCUCAGGUGGCUGAGAUUGUGAAGAGGCUGUUCAGACUGACGGCAUCUGAAAUUCGCUCGCUGCCGAGUUACGAUGACCAGAACUUCUACGUGGCAGCCAUGGAGGGUGGCGAGUACGUCCUGAAGAUAAUGAACUCAGAGGACAGUAAGAACCCCAUGCUAAUCGAGGUGCAGACGUAUGCCAUGUCCUUCCUGCACCAGAAUGGACUUCCUGCACAAACAGCUCUGCCCAACACCUCAGGGAAGCUCUUGAGCCUGGAAGAAAUGGAUUGUGGGUAUGGCUGUCAGACUUAUCUGGUGCGGCUGUUGACUUAUUUGCCUGGAACCACUAUUUCCAAGGCUCCUUUAACACCAGAGUUACUGUAUGAAACCGGCAAGACAGCCGCCAGAAUGGACACAAUCCUACAAAAGUUGGAGCACCCUCAUCUUAGCAUGCUGGAGAGAGAGAAGUUCAUAUGGAGUCUGUCAUAUGUUCACCUCCUGGAAACAUACAUACAUGUAUUAGAUGGAGAUCCUCUUCAGGACGUUGUGAAGUCUGUUAUUCAUCAGUACAAGACCUGUGUGGUCCCCAAACGCUCCAGUUUCCGCAAGUGCAUUAACCACGGUGACUUCAAUGACCUGAACGUGCUGGUGCAACCUGAUGACAGUGACAGCUACAGGAUUUCUGGCAUCCUUGACUUUGGGGACAUGAACAGUGGCUAUUACAUCCAUGAGCUAGCCAUCACCAUCAUGUACAUGAUGACGGAGCACCCUAAACCCGUAGAGGUGGGUGGACCCGUCCUCGCAGGCUGGGAGAGUGUCCUUCCCCUCAACGAGACAGAGAAAGAUUGUCUCUAUGUGCUGGUGCUGUCCCGAUUCUGCCAGUCGUUUGUUUUAGCUCGUCAUGCUGUUUCCCUGCAUCCAGAAAAUGCAGAGUAUCUGAUGAUCUCAACCAGGAAGGGUGUAAACAUCCUUCAUCAUCUCUGGAAGCUUGGAAAGGAGCAAGUGGAGAAUAUGUGGUUUCAGAGUGCUGCUCAGUUUAGUGACAGAAAAUAAGAAAUGUAUGAAAAAAAGCCAUUCACAAAUUUGAUCAGGGUGAUUCCGCUUAGCCUUUUGUCCAGAUCAAGUAUAAUUUUAAUUUCAUUACUUUAAAUAAUGCACAUUUUACUCUUGAGAUUUAGAAAUAUUAAAGUACAAAUGCUGCAGUGUGUCUAAAUUAGAGUGAGGGUAGAGUAGCAAGAAACUGUAUGCAAGAAGAGGUCAUGAUACUCAAUAACAAUGGAUCUUCCACUGUAAAAGCAAAAAAGUAAUUCAAAUAACUUACAGAGAGUAAGACAUAUUUUUUGGCAAAUGCUGUACAGUCAGUAGUUUCUGGUAACCUUAACUGACCAAUCAUUAUAUUUAAGAAUUUGAAUCAUCAAGUGCCUAAAGUCAUCAGGGUUUAUACACUUCAGUGUACCUUGGUAAUUGUCUAUAUUUAUAAGAUAAGAUAAUU